AUGAAAAGCAAAGAAGUGAAAACUGAAAAAGAUAACAAUACAACGGCAUCGAUAGCACCAGCGGUUAGCAGCACCAGAGGGACAAAGACAGCGCCCGACACCGGCAGACAUGAAUCCACUGAGAGUUCAGAGCCUCAGUUGGAGGCCGUGAAUGGGCGCAGAUAUAGUACGGAAGCGUCGGUUGUCGGCCGACGAGUGGCCAAAAGGUCGCGACUGUUCCGAUGCAAGUUACGAGUCUUCUGUGCACUCCAUCGACCCGUUGGUCUACUCAGCCGUUCCUAUCACUACUUCUUCUUCGUGUUAAUCGCAUUCAGUUGUAUUGUAUUCAACAUAUUUGAGGCACAUUUCGAUGAUUAUGCCUUCCUAUGUAUGACUGUCUUGGAUUCGUGUCUCACAGGCUGGGGUGGAAAGUAUCAAUAUCUGCACGAUUACGGACCUCUUCGGGCUCUGGAUGUGAUCGGACUCUUGACUUUCUGUGCGUUUAUUUGGGCCGAAGACUUUACCGACACUGUGGGCAUACUAUUACGACUUCUACAUGUGCUGCAAAUCUUUCAAUUAUAUCGACUCAUGCUGUCGUUGUUGCGGCUGAUGAUCAGUACGAUCGUCGACCAGUUCCAGCAGUUGACCAUCGCUUUCAUAUUUGCCUCAAUAAUACUUGUGCUCAUCUCUCAGAGUAUGUUCUUAUAUGAAUGGGAGGACGAGGACAACAACGUCGGGAUCUUCGAUGCCUUCUGGUUUGGAUACAUCACUCUCACCACAGUUGGUUACGGUGAUAUAACUCCGAAAACAAAGUUGGGUCGAGCGAUGACAUGUGUGCUGGCCUUCUGUGGGAUCUGUAUUUUCCAACUGCCGGCCAAUAUCUUCGGCACCGGUUUAGCCAUAAAGUUGAAGGAACAGCAAAAGACUAUACUAUUCAGAGGGCCGGCGUCUAAACUCAUGCUAAGUCUGUGGCGGUGUUACGCGACGGAAGGCCCGAACUCGAGGACCACUUGUGUG